AUGUCCAGUCUUUUGAUCAAGUUGGAUCUUCUGGUACAAGUCGCAUAUUUAAGCGCCACCGUCGGCUCCCCCACCUGCCGCCGCAGCUCCCUGCGCUCCGACGUCACCGUCAGCUCCCCACCUGCCGCCGCAUCUCCCCGCGGCGCUCCGACGUCACCGUCAGCUGCCCGACCUGCCGCCGCAUCUUCCCCGCUCCCCCCGCCCACCACCUCUCCGCGGGGCGACGACCAGGCGACAGCGUCUCGCACUCCCGUGACUCGCCCUGCCGACAACUGGGACGCCCCCCACAACGUCGAGCCGGCGACGCCACUUGUCGGUCACUCGCCCGUAUUCGCCGACGACCCGCCUGUGUUGCCGCCCCGGCAGCGACGUCGUCCAGCGUACCUGGAUGACUACGAGUGUACAUAUGAGCCCGGAACAUUCGUGACUUGCCCCUGUAACCACAAAAGGACACAGAAGAACUGCAAUGUCUUUUCUAGAGAAUGCAAGGAGUUGUUUGGAAAGGAUGACUUGUAUUCCAUUUUUGGCUUGACAAAGGAUGCUUCUGAAAAGCAAAUCAAGAAGGGCUACCACCACGUGUCGCUGAAGGUGCACCCGGACCGGGUGAGCGCCUCCCAGAAGGAGCGCGCCACCGAACAGUUCCAGGCGCUGGGCCGCGCAUACAGCGUGCUCUCGGACCGAGACCGGCGCGCCGUCUACGACGAGACGGGCUGCGUCGACGACGACGACCCUGUGGAGCAGGAGCGCGACUGGGCCGACUACUGGCGGCUGCUCUUCAAGCCGCUCACCAUACAGGACAUCGAGAGGUUCGAGAAGGAGUAUGUCGGCUCGGCGGAGGAGGUGGAGGACGUGCGUGCCGCCUACCUGGCCUGUGACGGUGACAUGGGCGGCCUGCUGGACCGCGUGCCGUGCGCCUCUGUCGACUCCGAGGACCGGCUGCGGCAGUUGGUGCAGGGCCUCAUCGACUCGGGCGAGCUGCCCGCCCUGCCCGCCUUCACCAACGAGACUAAGGCCAAACGGGCCGCCAGGAAACGACGGGCGAUGGCUGAGGCUGCUGAGGCUGAGGAGAGAGAAGAAAAAGCUCGGUCUGGGUGACGGAGAUGGAUCUCUGCAGGCCAUGAUCAUGGCUCGCCAGGAGGCGCGGGGCGCCGCAAUGGGCUCCUUCUUCGACCAGCUGGAGGCCAAGUACGCUAAACACCGAGAAGAAAACCAAAGCGCGGAAACAAAAGUCGAAAUGAACAAAGAAUGAGUCAGAACCGGAGAAACUCAAGAUGUGAUGACCGUGGGAGCCAGAACUGAUAUGAUGUAUCUCGGGGGGGGGGGGGGGGUACAUAUUGUGACAGCAGGGGUGUAGUGUUUUUCCUAGUCGUAUGUCAUCGUCCGCAUCUCAUGAAAUACAUUUACAUUUUUA